AUGUCCCACCGAUCCAUCGACCGUCCAUCUCCGGAAGGUGGGACCGCGGCAGGGAUAUUGGUCCAGACGUCAGAUGAGAGCUUGACGGUGUGCGAGGGUGAUGGCAGGCAUAUGGAGUUAAUCAAAAGUUUUUUUUUUUUUCGUCUUUUUGGUAACUAUUACAGACCUAAUAGUUUGAAUACAUGUGGUACAAGCGGAGGUGGAUUGCAGCCACAAAGUCAUGGUACUACAAAACAACUAUAG